AUGAGUCUAUCUAAGCUCUCAUUCCCGUACUUUGAGUGCAAGGAUUCUCAAGUGUCACUUCUCAAGCUCAUUCUCACAGACGAGAUCGACUCCACGAGAUACUCCAUAGUUUUGGACAACGACAAAGGCGUCUCAUCCAUCUCCAAGACAUUAACACAAACGCUGCAGGUGGUUCCAGAACUAGUCACCUAUAUCGAGAAUCCUACCAAGACCAGCCCUACUCCUUUACUUAUACGUGUAAAUGCCGAAUUCAACAAGUUGAAGCUCAAUGUGGCUAUAAGACCUUCGGCAAACUUUCUCAACCAAUCUCUCGUAAUUGUUAAAUCUUCUUCCAACACAGACAGCAUCGAUGAGUUGAAGCAUGUUCUUUACGAAGAUGAUCAAUCCAAUUUUGACAUCUCCAAAAUUGACUAUUCCAAUCUUCCCAUUGACCAGAAUAAGCAAGAACCACAACGUGUGGUCAUUAACGACAUGUUUGACAACAAGAGAAUCAACGACAGCAAGUUGAACGUCUCACUCUGGCAAUUAGACUCGACCACUAACGAAUAUACCCACAUCCUUGGUUUCAGUGUAUGGAUCAAUGAGCUCGCCAAAGUUAAGCAUACAUCACUGCGGGUGAAACUGCCUGUGCCUCAAGAAAACAACUUGAGAGGCAAACACUUCAAAUUAGCUGAUUUCAAGAGAGAGUUCAAUUUCAAUAUAGAAGAUGGUCCUGAGUUCAGAAAGACAUUGGCCAAAUACGAGGCCAGCUUGCCACAAUACAAAAGAGCAGUAUCCAAUUUGCAUGAAGAGUUGAAACUGUUAGAAACUUCGUUGAAGAGACUUACUAGCACCAAGGUUAAGCUCAUUGAAUUGGUCAACUCCACAGAGUUCCAAUUCAACAACUUGAUAGACCAGUUCGGCUUUGCCAAAGACUUUGAACGAAUCUUCCGCUCAAUAUUCGACCCUUUUGAAAAGAAUCUCAGAUUCUUCUUGAAGAACGUAUGUGACCAGAAGUUGAUAACGAAGAUUUCACAGAACCUAUCGUAUAACUCUCUUGAAGGAAGUGGCUCGUCUUCAUCGAACUCCAAUCACCACAAUGAGUUGUUACAGCGCAAGAAGGUGUUUGAAAGCAACUCCAAGGAGUACUAUUCGUGGUUGAACAAAUACCUUUCUAAUGAAAAGGAUAGACCGGAACUGAAGUUAUUGACGAAGAGAAAAACAUUCGAAUUGUCUAAAUUUGACUACUUGAACCAUUUGAAUACGAUCACUAAUAACCAAUACUCGAACCAGUUAUUGGAGAGCCUCUUCAAGUUCAUCAAUAUGACAUUCGACGAACGUAAUCCAAAAUUGUUAGAUUUUGAGAAAUACAACGAUGCAAAGAUGAGUCAAAAUUUAUUCGGAGAAAACUAUCAGAUAUACCUCAAUGUAUUAUUGAGAUUUAACAGUGAAAAGUACCAGUUCCGUCAAAUGAUAGAAGCUUGUCUGACCAACGAAGAAUUGACUAAUCUUAUUAAAUUUAACUCGUUGAACCAUACUUUACCCCCUACAACGCAGACUUCCUCACAAUCAUCGACUUCAAUUGCGCAAGACAAUUCAGUAACUGACAACAUUGACGAAUUUAUCAUCAAUAGAGACAACCUUGAUUUGGUGUUUACCAAUAACUCGCUAUCCUCAGGAGAAGAAGCUAUACCUAUGUCCUCGACCAGUACGGAUGAUCAAAAUGCUGAAAUGUCAGGUAUAUUGUAUACGUUGGGUGGACAGGGUAAAACUGGUUGGCAUAAAGAAUGGGUUGUUUUGAAUAGAGGUCAAUUGACUGAGUAUUCUGAUUGGAGAAAAGGAAAAACACCAAUUAACAAACCAAUUGAGGUAGCCCUCUCAAGUGUAAAGCCUAUUACUUAUGAAAAGAGACAAAACUGUUUUGAGAUUUACACUUCAUUGCGCACCAAGCAUGUAUUCCAAGCCCUUAAUGAGGAUGAAAGAAAUAAGUGGAUCAAAGCUCUUUACAAUGCUGGCCAAGUUGUGGAUACAUCGAGACUAAAGGAAAAUUUUGGUCAUAAUGUUGAUUCUAGUAAGAGAAAGAACUUGAGUAAAUUGAUAAUCGACUUAUCAGAAAAACCAAUUGUUCCAAACCAGUCUUUGGACAGAUCAAUUUCACCAAUAUCUAUCACUUCUAGAGCCCCACCAGCAGAAGAAAAAGACUACUUGAAUUUGGUAAGGUCAAUUCCAAACAGUAACAAUAAUAUUUGUUUGGAUUGUGGUUCUAUGGAAUCAGUAGAGUGGAUUUCCAUAAAUUGUUUGGCAUGUUUCUGUGUAAAGUGUGCUUCUUGUCAUCGUAAUAUUGGUUCACACAUUACCAAGAUCAGAUCCCUCAAGUUAGAUAAAUUUGAAAAUGAAAGCGAGAUGCUUCUUAAAUACAUUAACAAUUGCCAGGUCAAUAGAUUCUUGGAAGAAAACCUUGAUCCUAAGGAGAAGAUCACACCCUCAGUUUCAGACGAUGCUCGUUUAUCCUUCAUCAGGAAUAAGUACUUACUCAAGAAGUACAAGUCGAUUAUCCCUGAUAUUACAAAUCAAUUGAUCAAGGCAAUACAAAAGAUUCAUGUUCCCGAAGUAUUGAAAACUAUAAUUUGUGGGGCAGACAUCAACACCAAUAUCCAAAUAAGCAUUCCAAGUAAGCAAGAGUACCAAGUGAUUUCCUUGUUUGAGUACUCGUUGAGGAAGUUUAUUGAACUCGAGGAUGACGGCUUAAUUCUCACAAGUUCGAAAAAGUUGUUUGUAAUUUCCGAGCUCUUGAUUCUUAAUGGAUGCAAAAUUGAUGACAUAAAGGACUUGAGGAAGGACAUAGGCUUGACAGAUGCAGCCAUAGAGUACUGGAAGAUCAGAAGCUUAAAGCUUAGCGGUGGUCUAUUAACACCAUGA